AUGAUACGCAAUUUAGUGAAACGUAUAUGGAAAAAAUUUCUUGAAUUGAAUCUAUACAAAAAACAUUCAAGUAAUGAACAUACUCUUGCAAAAGAACUUCUUUCUACUCGUAUUUAUUUGAUUGGAUUAAUUGUAUGUUUAUCUAUUAUUACUAUUACUGUUGCGCUUAUUGUUCGACCUGUUGACAAAAUUGUAUAUAAACCUUCACAUGAGAAGUUUUCACAAUUAAUUCGUAAGUAUCCGAAUACUCUUCGUUGUCCAUGUUCAAAAUCUUCAACAAACUAUGCGAAAUUCGUCACUACUAACGUUAGUUUUCAUCAAGUUUGUUCAAGUGAAUUUAUUCAACAGACAUGGAUUGAGAAAUUAUUUACAAAUGAAAAUAUUUCAAUGAAAUCUAUCGAUGAUGCUCGCAUUACUCUUAGUUUUUUUUGGCAAACAAUUGCUGGUUUAUGUAUCGCAAGUAACAAAAGUUGGAGUGAUGUUCUUGCAAAUUUUGGAACCACAAGUCUAAUAACUCCUACGGCAAUUGCUGAAGAAAUUAUUCAAGCUAAAGCUGAAAACGCUCUUCAAAAUCAAAUGAACCUGUCGAGAACAAUACCAACUCGUAAUUUAGUUACUUUUCAACGUAUGGCACGUGGAAAUCAAGUUGUAUCAGCUUUACAAACAAAUUUCUAUUUGCGUUAUCCACCAGCACAUUUGAGCUCAUUGGAGUUUCCAAAAAUGACAGCUCGAACAUUUGGUAAUUGCACUUGUUUAAAUAUUGAAGGUUGCCCACGAUCUGCUACAUUUAAUGAUAGUUAUGGUCAUUUAGUUAAUGUACCAGGAAUGAUAGUAGAUUGUUUAGUUGUUGAUGGUACACUUGCCUCAACACUUGAAUGUUAUUAUAAUCAAUCAUGUAUUUCAGUUUUACAUGGACAAUUAUCGAUGAAUAUUAAACCAUUAUCAAAUACAUCGAAUAAAAAAUUUUCUAUGUAUUCGACAGUACAAUUAAUCUUUAAUAAAUCAAUGAUAGAUGAAACAAUAACUGAAAUUCGAUUUGAUAAAUAUUUUUCAGAAUGUAAUUGUCCUUUUUGCUCAUAUUCAUAUAGAAGACGUUUUGAUAUUUUUUUUAUUUUCACGGCUGUUACUGGCUCUAUUGGUAUAUUGUCAUUCAUUAUACGACACAUUGCAUCUUUUGUUGCAACAAAGAUUUUACGUCGAAAAAAUCGAAUUUUACCAAUGGAAAAUGUGUCAACUAUAACGUCUAUGGAACAGAAUCGAAAGCAACGUAUACAACUUCGCAUUCAACUUUUAUUAAAUAAAUUAUGGCAAGCAAUAAUAUCUUUAAAUCUUUUUGAAAAACAAACACAUCGUACACCUACUAAUAUUUAUCGAGAACAACUCUUAACAAGAUUUUUCAUUUUGUUCAUUGUUAUUUUAUCAAUUGCUGCUGGAGUAUAUACUAUUGUUGUAGAGGAAAAUCAAGUGAUAACAAAACUAGAUCCAUCUCUUGAUACUUAUAAACAAUUGUAUAAUAAUUAUCCAACUACAUUAUAUUGUCCUUGUUCAGAAAUAUCCAUUCCUAAUAACGUUUUUCUUAAUGUAACAUUUGUAUUACAUCAAGUCUGUUCAAGUGAUCUGGUUUCAUUAGAAUGGUUACAUUAUCUAAGAUCUUUCGAUCCGAUUCAUCUGCCGCCCGAUAGUGAUCCUUUCUAUGCUGUCUAUGUUGAAGAUUUUCGUAAAAUGGGUGCUUCUUAUUUUCAACUUUUAGCUGCUUUUUGUUCAUUAGCUAAAACAAAUAUUGCAGAUGCACAGCAUGUAUUUAUGAAUACUACAUUUAUUAAUGAUCGUGUUCCUUCUGAAUCAAGUUUUACUGAGCAAACUGAAGCUAUGAUGACUUCAUUUAUUCGUACAACCAGCUAUGAUUUUAUACAAACAUUUAAUUGGACGAAACUUAUUUUUCUUCAUAGUCCUCUUUACAAUGGAUUGAAUACAAAUGUUGUUAUAUAUAAAAUCAAUGAUGAUCAAGUGUUUCCUUAUUUUCAUCUACAUAUUUUAGCAAGUUCCGUAUUAGACGACUCUCUAAGUUAUAAGGGCGACUGCACUUGUGGACCAGAUCCUGCUACCUGCUAUGCAAUCCCUGCACUUUAUGAGAAUACAUCAUAUGUUGGCAAGAUUAAUAGACAUUUAUUAUUCGAAGUAUUAUAUCUAGGUUGUUCACCUUUAAGUGGGUUUCUCAUGUCACGAAUGGGAUGGUGGUACAAUAUCACAUAUAUGGAUUAUAUUCAAGCAACUUAUUCGAUGGUUAUUGAUACUCGACUUUCACCAAAUAUCAAACCGCUUAAUGAAUCUAUAUCGACUCGAUUCGGUGAUAUCAAUAUGACGCAUUUACUUGGUGAAAUGCUACUCGAAAAAACAAUCAAUAAUACACACUUCGAUAGAUUUUAUAACUUUUAUAACGCAUGUAAACCUAGUUUUUGCUCAUAUACCGUUGUCCAACGUCGCGAUUAUAUUGUGAUAAUAUUUCUUCUUAUUUCCAUUUGCAGUGGUUUGAACCAAGGUCUUCGACUACUUGUUCCACUAAUUGGCAAAAUCAUUUUUAUUUGUUAUGAUUGGAAAAGAAAUCGAAAUACUCAACGUGGAUCAUCUUCAAUUGGUGUUCGUUUCAAAAACUUUCCACAUAUUAUCUAUGAUAAAAUUAAAAAUUUCAACAUCUACGAAACAGAAUCAACUGAUAACACUCAUAUUCGUCAACAACAAAUCUAUACAAGAGUUUAUCUAUUUCUUUACAUAAUUUUACUCAGUAUUGUACUGUUUUAUACAAUUCUGAUCGAACGUCGUAUUAGUAAAACACAUGUCUUACAUUCGAUUGAUGAAUAUGAAAAAUUAUUAAGCGUCUAUUCAGAUGAUAUCAGUUGUCCAUGCACAUAUACAUCAAUUUCUUAUGAUGAAUUUAUCACUGAAUUACAAGUCAAUUCAUUUCAUGAAGUAUGUGAUAUCAAUCGGCUGCGCACAAUGUUGACAAAGAAUGUACAAGCAGAUACACUUCCACCUCGCCCCAAUGAUGAUGAGUACUCACGUUGGGUGAAUCCUUUCAUAGAAUCCUUGGAGCAACUUUGUUCUUUGGCACAAGACAAUGUUAAUAAGAAUAUUCACGUAUUUCUUGCCUCAACUUUGUUUACUAAUCAACUAAUGUCUCGUACUCUAUUUGACACUGAAAUGGAUGAGACACUAAGUCAUUUCAAAAAUAAAACAAAAACUACAUUUGCGCAUAUGUUAGACUUUAUUCGUUCAACUAUCCAAGGAAAUGCUUUAUUAUAUAUAAAUGCAGACGCUUGGAGUUUAGUUGCAGUUGGAGCAAUUGAUAUACACAAUACUAAUUUCCUCAGUGUACCUGUUACGCUUCACAAUACACAAGAGAAUACAAGUUGUUCAUGUGUUACUUUACGAACAUGUCGAAUACCACGACUAAAACAGUAUGAGGAUGGUUUGUUUCCUUUUGAUGGUUUAGUCAUUGGUUGUCAUCAACUUGAAACACUACUUUUCUCGUCUUUAGCUUGUUUUUAUUCUCUAGAAUGCACUAACUACCUUCGAGCUGUUAUACCCGUAGGAUCUUUGCUAACGGAAUCGUUUCACGUAUUAAAUACAUUAACGACACGAUUCUCUGUAAAUGACACUGUUGAAAUGAUAGCAUAUGAAAUGUUUAUCGAAUCAUGGUCCAAUCAUAGUAUAUCCUACGAAAGAUAUUUUAAUAGUUGCUCUCCAACUUAUUGUACUUAUACAUAUUAUCAAAAAUCUGACCCAUUAGAGAUAUUAACAACAUUUUUGAGUGUAUAUGGUAGUUUAUCAAUUGUCGUUUACUUUAUCGUACCUUAUCUUGUUAAAAUAAUUAAAAAAAUUUUAAUUUGCUUUCGAAUUACUCAACAACAAUGA